CUCAAGCCUGGAAACCGACAACAGCGCACACCGUCAGAUCCAACUCAGCUGAAUACGCGCUCCUCUCCUACAACUUCUCGUCACCGGCUGGAGUCUCACACGGCGAUUUCGAGCAUCGCGCAGCGCUUUGACACGUAACCAACAGCACCCACCUCCCCUCCGACUAACAACCCCCGCCUAAUCCUCGACCGCGUCAAGGCUCAGUAAUGGCGCAUAUCCUUCCUGCACUGAGAAGCUGGCGUCCUAAAACCUCCUUCUUCGCACUCCCGGCCGAGGUGAGGAACGAGAUAUACGCCUACUGCACCCCAGUCACAGGAUACUCGGAGCAAUUCAAGGGUCUCUUUCUCACCUCCAAGCAGGUGAAAGCGGAGUAUGAGGCGGAGGCGAUCAGAACCAUGACGAAGUUCCUGUUCGAGAUCAAGAAAGACUGGCCUCAUGCCCAAGAGCUGCGCCUCCCAGCUCCAACCACCUUUCACGAGAUCUUCAACACGACCGUCGAGAUUCCUAUGUCGCUCUAUUACCCACCUUUUCGAAGCUCGUUCCUUGAACGUAUGGGAACGUGCCUAGAGCCAUGCCUGGCGCCUCUUUUUAGCCUCUACCUCUCAGAUAUCACGGUCAAAAUUUACGAGGAUGUCGAUAAGACAAAUCUGGACUUGAAAGAGACCCCGUGCGGGCUAAUCGUGAACAUUGCGAACAUGUUCGUCGAGGAGCCAGCGCCAAGGCCGAGGAUUCCAAAGAAGGAAGGCCGUCGGUAUCAAGACUUCCCGAUUGAUUUGAUACUCCAUGCUCGUAGCCUGACCUUUAUGUGGGUGAGCAGUAGUGAUAGCAAGGUUCAUGAAGAUCAUCGGAGGGUCUUCAGGAGGAUGGAUAUGUAUUGGCAACGGAAGGCUGUCGAGAGUCGUGUUGUGCGUACAUCAAGUCCCAAUCAAAAUUGGAAGGCCUUCUUUAUCAAGGAGCCGAAGACGACGAAGAACCCGACAAAGAAUCCGACAAAGCGGAAGGAAGGGAAGCGCCUCUCAUGCGCGUAGACCCUAUCCAGUGGAUGAGGACGACUCGGCGUGCUAAUGGUCGGCACGCUGUGUCUGCUCGGCUGGGACAGACAAAACGUUGAUCCGCUGGAUAGCAAAGGGGAUAUCGCAACACUUGACAUUAGAAAAUGUCCAUCCCAACUCAAGAGCAGACGGCGCUGAGAGUGGCAUUCUGUGGAAAGCAACUCCCCUCGGGCGCUGGCAGGGAUUUCCUAAGACUACCCACAAAAAGAUAGACCCUGACUCUGACGCA